GGGGGUGGAGGAGAGAAGACCCAACCGAGGCUCAGAGCAUCCUUUGGUCCAGCAGGAGGAGAGACGCGCGGGACAGCUGAGCAGGGUUGCGGGCCAAGCGGUUGCUGGGCUGGGCUUUUAUAUUUUGGGGAGGGGGUGUCUCCAGAGGACCAAGCGGACCUAGAGGAGGACCAAGCCGAGCCCAGGAGGGUCUCCCAAGAGCCCAUCAUCCCCAACCCCUCCGCCUGCCACUCCAACCCAGGUUCGGUCAUGUCUGAAGGGGCUGAUUCCCAGCCGGUGGCUUUGGGGGCGUCUCGGGUCGAACUCCGGGUUUCCUGCUGGAACUUGCCGGACAAAGAAGCCGACAUUAAACCGGAUCCGUGUCUGGUUAUCCAGCUGCUCAGCGAUGGACAGUGGAACGAGGUGGGGCGCUCGGAAGUCUUGCACGGCUCCCGGAACCCCGUUUUCGCUCAUGUCUUUGCCCUGGAUUACUUCUUCGAGGAGAUGCAAAAUUUGAAAUUCGAGGUCUUUGAUGCCAACGGAGAAAGUGAUUCCGACUUGGGCUGUGUGUCUGGGAUGCUGAUGGGCACCAUCGAAUGCUCCCUGGGGCAGAUUGUCUCCCAAACCAAAGUCACCAAGGAGCUGGUGUUGCCAAACGGAGAGAUUUUGGAGAAUUCAACCAUCACGAUCGAAGCUGAAGAGGUCUCCCCGACCAAUAAGUUUGUACAACUGGAAUUUUGCGGUCAAGAAUUGGAUGACAAGGAUUUCUUCAGCAAAUCCGAUCCUUUCCUGGAAAUAUAUAAAGUUAGCGUUGGCGAGUCGGAGAAUCUGGUUUGGAGGACAGAGGUGGUGAAGAACAAUCUCAGUCCUCGGUGGCAACCUUUCCGAAUCUCUUUGCAAUCGUUGUGCAGUUGUGAUCCCGACAGGCCUAUACGGUGUGUGGUUUACGAUCACGAUUCCAGCGGGAAGCACGAUUACAUCGGGGAAUUCAACACAAGUUUUCAAGAGAUGCUCCAGGUUUCCUCCGGAGAAGAGGUGAAAUGGGAUUGCAUUAACCACAAGUAUCAAGAAAAGAAGAAAAAUUACAAAAAUUCGGGAUAUAUCGUCCUCACUCAGUGCAAGAUGGAGAAAGUCCACACUUUUCUGGAUUACAUCAUGGGUGGCUUACAGAUCUCCUUCACGGUAGCCAUUGACUUCACAGCUUCCAACGGCGACCCCAGAAGUGAACAUUCCCUCCAUUUCAUCAACCCCCGGGAGCCCAAUGAAUACCUGAAAACUUUGUCGUCCGUGGGCGAGAUCUGCCAGGAUUAUGACAGCGAUAAACGGUUCCCGGCCUUUGGUUUCGGAGCGCGAAUCCCUCCCGAUUUCGAGGUGUCUCACGAUUUUGCCAUCAACUUCGAUCCGGAGAACCCCGAAUGCGAAAAGAUUCUCGGGGUGAUCGAGGCUUACAAGCGCUGCCUGCCCCAGAUCGAGCUGUACGGCCCCACCAACGUGGCGCCCAUCAUCAACAAGGUGGCAGGGCCUGCAGCCGAAGAGGAGAAGAGCGGGAUGCCCACGAAGUACCGCGUGCUGCUCAUCCUGACCGACGGGGUGGUGAGCGACAUGCCCGAGGCCUGCGAUGCCGUCGUGCGGGCUUCCCGCCUGCCCCUCUCCAUCAUCAUCGUGGGCAGGAACGCCGACUUCUCCGACAUGCGGGAGCUGAACGGGGACCGCGGGAUGCUGGAGACGGAGGAGGCCGGGCUACGGGACAUCGUGCAGUUCGUGCCCGUCAGGGAGUUUAAGAAGACUGGCCCCAAUGCUCUGGCCAAGACGGUUUUGGCUGAAGUCCCCAAACAGGUGGUGGAAUAUUAUGGGGCCAAAGGAAUCCCCCCCGGGACACAGAAAUCCUCCUCCCCAUUGCCCCAGUGAGACCCCCCCGCCCCACUCCAAGCACCCCUCCACCUGUGGGCAUGAUCUGCCCAGCACCUGAAUGUGCCUGUUUCUCUGUCCUCACACCUCCGUCUUCCAGCCUCCAGUCCCUUCGGGUGGGGAAAAAAGAGAUCGAAUGAACGGGGAGCUGCCUCCAUCCUCUGCGGCUUCAGGCCUCCGAACACAACUCAGGACGUCAGCUGGCACCACGGGCAUCGGGCAACCCUCCCCUCAAAGUUUCCCCUUCUCUGCCUUCCCUGAUCUUAGCCUGAAACACCCCCCCCCCAAAAUAGCUUGCCGUGGCUGACCCCCACAUCCUUUAAUAAACACCGUGAAAUCCU